AUGGAUUCCAACAAUUUUAGCGCCAAAAACGGGCCCUACGAACCCGAAAUCGCAACAAAUGACGACGAAAUCAGUUGUUUAGUCAACGCAGAUGUUUACAAAAAAUGGAGAUCGCAAUACAUUGAUGAGAUUGAGUUAUCAGUAUGGACAGUUGAGAUGGUUAGCUUCUCAGUAAACAACAGUUUUGAGAAUUAUGGCUCCAUUAAAACCGCCAUUAGAAGAGGAAUCCCAGAUAUAAUAAAACAUUUUGUAUGGAUAAAGGCCAACGAUGCAGACAGUUUCUACUUCCAACACCCGGACUUUUACAAGAUUUCAUUCGAAUCGACAUUCGGGAAUAACGUUCCGUCAGAAAUGGGAGAUUAUUGCCCAACCUUCUCAGGUGGGAUUUUGGGAUUACAAGCUGACAUAUUGGACUCACCGUUGGUGCUUGAGAACUUACACCAACAUAUUGACCAGUCGCUGGACGCAGAGGUCGUAUACGAUUCUGAAAGCGAGUACAAUUACUGGAUCAGCCCUUACAAAGAACCACCUUCGUACAUGAGAGGAUCCUCUUCAGUGAGUGUUUCUGGCUCAAAGUCAGGGCAUCUUUUGGGGAACAUUUACUCUAAGUUUAUUAGGAAGUUUAGGUCAAAUAGCCGCAGAUCAAGAAUGAACUCGAACGUGAGUCCACCAUAUACUUCGUCAGAAUCGGGAAACUUACAGUCAUCUAACAACUCAAAAAUAAACGCUCCACAUACAGGAGAUUUAGAACCCGAUGGAGUUCCGAAAUACGACACAUCUUCCAGUUUUUAUAGUGUUCAAAAUUACGAUUUUAACCAAACAAACCAGUCAGAUUUGUCUAACAGAGAUAGAUUAAUAGAUUACAUACACUUAUUGAAUUACGAGAAUUUAAAUAAAAGAGAACUUAUGAAGUCAGCACUGAGACGUAUUAGAAGAGGAACAUUUGAUACGAAGCCAUUUCCAAGAAACCUUGAGAGAUCAAGGCAGAUGUCAGACACCUUUAUAUAUAAUGCAAAGUACAAGUACUUCCCACCAAGACCGUCUCAUCAUGAUAAGCUGAUCCCGAAACCCAAUGACCUAGACAAUCCAGAACACCCUGAAAACCCAUUUUACACGGUCAAUAAACCUGAAAGUUCUAGGUCAUGUUUUCAGGUUUUUUGUCUACCAAUUUGUCGACCGAAGCCCAAAAGAGGAGAAAGUAGAAAUGUUUUCAAGUAUCUACCACUAACAAAUACAAACCCUGUUCAAUCAAGUGAACAAAUUAAUGUCGAUGCCUUAGCAACAUUCACACCAGAAGAGUCAUUUGAUGCGAGUUCAACAGUUGAUCGAUUACAAACACCAGGUCAGCCUGAAACAGUUAAGAGAUACACUUCUGAACUUGGAGUGGAUAAGUUUGUUAAUAGAGAAAACGCAUUUGGAAGUUUACCAAUAAUUAACACGAUUCCAGAACACAUAUCAUCAAAUAGUUUUGAUCAGACAUUUAGCAAUGUCUCAAGUACAUUUGGACCAGAUAAAUUGGCCCAUGAAACCCAUUUCCCAUUCGACAGUAAACAAAGCAGCAUAGUCUCAUCUGACCUACACAUGAUUUCUAAUAGCAUGGAUGUUGAUUCUCCCAUAGUUCAAUCAUUAGCAGAUAUUGAAGCGGACCCGAAUAAAAACUAUGAAGAGAGUUUGUCCAAUUUAGAUGUUGAUAAGGAGGAUAUUGAACUCCUCACAAACCUUUCCGCAAACUUCACACAACAUAUCAAGUCGAAUUCGUUCGAAGGGUCAGUGUAUAAACUGAGCGAUGUGACAGAUUUUACGGUAUUAUUAUCAGAGGAAGGCGUUUUGGAGGUCAAGAGAGUGCUGUGGUGUCUUAAUUCAUAUUUUUCAUCAAAUAUAGAGUUCUUGCCCGUCAUCCCAUCACUGUGUUGUCUCCUUUUGAUAUAUUUGGCGCCAAGCGCAGCACUUUGCGUGUUGUACCAGUUCAUGAAAAAGUCCAUAGAAACAUGCUCCAUGGACUGUGGAAACAGGUUCUUCUUCAUUGACCGCAAGGGCUUUGUCCGAUUUGUGACCUUCAUACUCUCAGUGAUGGUUUCUCAACUGAGGAAAACAGUGUUGCAUUUACGAACACUCAAGGUUGACCUUGCAGCCUGGGUCGCAAGGUCCGUUCAGACAGGCUUUUCUCAAAUCUUGCCAUUUGAUUACAUUGUGCGCAUUUACGGGAAUUGUCUUUUCGAGGGCGAAAUGGUCCUUUUGAGAUACUCAGUGGCUCUCAUUAGGUGCAUUCGUCCGAAACUUCUCGAAUGCACAACUAAGAAAGAUGCCGAGCAGUUAUUAUACCACAUUGGACUCGACCCUGAGCUUCACAUCGAUAAGGUUACCAAAAUAGCCUACAGUUUUCGAAUUAAGAAGUUUGACAAGAGCAUUAGCUCAGUUGAGACUCCUUCUCCCUACCUUAUGAACGUCAAAAUCAGACAUUUUUACAGGCCAAGGCUCCACUCAAACUCUUGCAUUCUUUCUGAAACCAACUGGGAGUUUAUAUGGUUUAACCUAAAACCAACAUAUCGCAUUCUAGAUCCACGUAGAUUAUAUUGUUCUAAUAAGCACGGAACCUCAAUGAAUGCGUUAAUAAAGAGGAUAAAGGAGCACGGCGGGGAAUCGACCCCGGCUUUGCUGUUCAUUAAAACCACUAAACUACAAGUCAUAGGCGCUUUCAUACCAACUCUACUCAACGCUCCAGUUAAUGGCUAUUAUACAAUACACGAUGGUACAUAUUUAUACAAAUUAUUUAUUAAAUUUAUAAAAUUUAUUAAACCUAUAUAUAUUGUAGUGCCACAAAUGGAUUCGUUUGUUUUCACUUUGGCGCCAAAUGAGAUUGUCUACAACUUCAGUGGCAGGAACAUGGUGGGAGUGAAGCUGUCGAAGGACAACAUCGUCGUGGGAGCAAACCAACCAGCAUUUAUAAUUGACGGGACACUUUCGUCAGGAUUCACCGCAGAGUGUGAAUCGUACGAGUCCCCGCCACUUUUACCAGCAAGUAGGUUCGGCGUCUACAUGCUUGAGAUUUGGACUCUGUCAUGA